CUACUCGACUACCUGUACACCCACUGAUGUAUAUCAAAAGCUCGUUAGGGCGUCUGCAAGAUGUUAAUGUUGUCUUAUAGCGGAGAGAGAUACCUGUGCGGCACCAGACCACAGUAGUCGCUAUAAAUAGCCCUGAUUUGCUUUUGAUUCGUCCGCCGCGAUAUAUCUCCAUUACAAGUCGCACUUCGGAGUUUACCUGAGAGACAGCUGGACCGGGCAAUCUUUCUGGGUGUACAUCUGUUCUUUAGGAGAGGAGAAUCGAGGCGUUUGCACCUGUAAACAGAUAAACCAUGGGUAAGAAGACGCCCUCUGCCUCUUCGGAGUCUGUGGUUACCUCGUCCAGCUCGCCGCCGGAAGCCUCGGACAGUCGGAACAACUCAAUUGUCUCUGAGGCAGACACUACAACCAGCACAGAUACCGUUGAUGGCGGGAAAGGUGCGAAGAAGCUGGGACUGAUCAAGAGGAUGUCGCUGAGACGAUCAGAGAAAAAGAAAGACAAGGAGAAAGAGAAGGAGAAAAAAGAGGAGAUGGAGAAAGAGAAAGCGAGGGAGAAAGAAGAGAAGGCUAAGGGGAAAGAGAAAGUGAAGGAGAAGGACAAAAAGAAGGACAAGAAGAAGGACAAAGACAAAGCCAACGAGAAGGACAAACACAGAGAAGAUGGACAAAAGAAGACAGUGGAGGACAUAUACACUAAAAUUUCUAUGGAUGACUUUGAAGCCAAGCAGGUGGAGUUCAAGCUGUGGAUGCUGGAACAGCAAAAUGGAUCAAUUGACACUUUGAAACCAAGCAAAGUGAAGUCCUUCUUCAAGAAGUUUGUCAAAGAGUGGAACAAGAAGAGACUCCCACAGAGAUACUAUUGGUCCUCGGAGGAGACUCCACCCCCUUCCCGAGCCGGGUCCAGGUUCAGUUUUGCAGAGGACGUACAAACUCCCGACUUCCUCAACUUCCCAGCAGCCCCGGUUGAUCUGAGCAAUGAUGACGUUGACAGCAGUGAUGACAUUGAAAGGUCUGGAUCUUUUUCAACUUUCGGCAAAACGCAGAAACCCGAGGGCCUGAAUGAUGAGAUCACCCCUACACUGCCCAAGAGACCGCUGCUUUCAGCAGUCUUCCCUGUGAUUGAUCCCUCACGCGAAAACUCUGCCAGGGUGAGCCCUACUGUCAGUAAGAUGAUGGCUCAAGCUGUGGUCAUCUGCGAAGAUCAUGUAACCCACAGUGACCCUCCAACACCAACCCCAGAGACCUCCCCCCUAACCUGCCCUAGCCUGUCCCCCCAAAGCCCCGUCCUGCUAACGUAUGAGCACUCCCCUGGGAUCAUCAACGGCACACUGAAGGAAAGAUACGCAAUAACACCAGACAACAACAACAUAAAAUUGAAUGAAAGCAGUGAAGUCUGUAAUGCAGAGGAAUCGAAUUACACAUGUAUGGAGAAUGACGUCCUGCCAGGGGAAGAACUCAAAGUCACAGAAAUUCUGGAAAGAGCCAUUCAAGACGAUCUUCUGCCAUCUGGGGAGCUGACUCCAAUAGCAGAGGAGGAAUCUAGUGCACAUGACACCAAGCAUGUUGUACAAAUGCAGACUGUUGUGGAGGCCCUGCAACCAGUGAUGGAAGACAGAGAUGUAACAGUUGAAGGUCAACCCAAGGUGAGCCAAAGUGAAACCUCGGUGGACACGACAUGGAAAGUCGUAGAUUCUAAAACUGAGACUGGACAGAUUACCUUCAGUGGCUUACCCCCACCUCCCAAAGAAUGGAAAAUGGACCCAAUGGGCUUGACCCACACAAUACUACCAACGGCCAGGCCAGUCAGUCAGGAGAGGACAGUAACCACAGCAGAGGUGGUCACACAUCCAGAUAAAAUGUCUGAAGAAACAACCAAAGUUAUCAAAACAACAACCAUAACCACUGUGGAGCAGAUCACUUCAGGAGGGAAGACUGUUGAGGCAGAACAAGUUUCAAGAGUGGCCACUAGCCCAACAGUAAAGAGUCCAGUCAUUGCUGUACAUGACAAUCAGGUCCUACCUAGCCCUGUACAACAAGGUGGAAGGACUGAGAAGAUAGAAGCACAGGAAGUUAGAGGCCCUGUUUUGCAGGAGCCACCAGUAAUACAUGUAACUCGGGAAAGAGAAACUGGUCGUAACCCGACUGUGACCAGUUCAACCACAGUGACACGGGAACAGAUUGUGCCCAGCCCCAGUAAUCAAGGAAUUACUGUGAUUGGUUUGGAGAAACUUGAACUCAAGCCAUCUGUCAUCACAGAACAGUCGUCCCCUACUACUUCACCUCAGCCGAGUUCUGUUAAGUUUGUGGCACAGGAGUUGAAAUCUCCAACUAUGAAGGUAGAACAGCCAGUUGUUGUUGUUCAGCAGACUUCUGUGGUGUCAAAUGCUCCGACAUCAAGUUCUGUUGAAAUGGGAAAGGUUUCUGAACGAGAUAUUCCUGUUGCUGUUUGUCCGCCUAAAUCUGAAGCCAAGACUGUGACUAUCCAGCCAAGGAGUGUGUCAAUUCCUGAGACCUCACAUGUCACCUUAGCUCAUCAGGAAAUGCACUCACCAGUGUCUAAGCCUGAAGUACUGCUGCCUGAGCAGCCUUGUAUUAUGGGUACAGAACUGAACUACACUCGAGUUUCACCAGACAAAGAAGUUCAUGUCAUGAGUACAAGCGUUGAUAAGCAGCAAGACAGGAGGGAUGUGAUAGAGGUCAGUUCUUCAAGACAGAAUGUUGAGACAAGCUCCCUGUCAUACACAGUGACUUCGCCACAAGUGGAAACCACAACUGUAGACCAUAUUGUGGUCACCCGAUCUACACCUCAAGUGCUUCAGACACAAGAAACGAAGAACACAAACCCGAUCUACAGAGAGCAUGCUGCCGUAACAAGCCACAUUCCAAGACCUACAUCAAAAGGAGCACAUCUUCCAUUGGUUCUGCAAGAAAGCACCACUGUCACAAAGGCAUCGGUGUCUCCCACAAAUAACGUGACUAGAGAAAGCAUUCGGGCAGUCAGACCAGCGCCACCUCCACCAGAAACCAAACACAAAGUGACCACUGUGGAGAGAAGAACAGUGAGCACUUCGUCUGCAUCACCAAGAAAUUCAACAGAGAUCAAGCAUGACGUGACAGAAUCAUCUGCAGAGAGAAAGAGAGGACCAGCUUUGUCGCCAAUCAUUGUCAGUGCUUCAACUGUUCCAAUGCUUUUCCAGGAUGCCAUGAAGCCUGUUGAGCUAGACUCCACACACUCUUCAAAGGUUUCUACAUCACCGCCCAAAAGUGCUCCGAUGAGGUCACCGCGUUCUCCAGAUAAGCCAAAACCAGCUCCAAGACCCAGUAGCUUGCGUUCUCCAACCUCUCCAGGGUCACACAUCCCUGUGGCAGUGAAAGCAGAACCCGUCAGCCCUGCAAAGUCUCCUAGACAAGAAGCGGUGCCUCCACCCAAAGCGCCUAGACCGCAAAGUUUCCGAUCUUCUACGCAACUGAUAAUGCCACGAGCCCUCCUCCCACACAAACUUCUCCACAAGGCAGAAUUGUAUCUCCAACUACUCCUAAUAGUACAAGUGCUUCAAAAAUACCACCUCCUAAAGCUCCACGACCGCCAAGUCACCUGUCUCUUCUAAGGUGGUGACAUUUCCGAAUGCAGCCAUGCAUACUCACCAACCACAAGUGGUACAACAUAACGUUAUCCCCAGAUCAGUGGGGCAAACAUCCCCUUCUGCCACACAUGCUGUCAGGUCCUCCACAGUUCCUUCCCCAGCCCAUGCCAGCCCGGCUCCCACAGUGGUUCCAGAGACGCGAACCUAUAGCAAAUUCAUGUAUGAACAACCAAGCUUCUUGGCUGCAAGGGCCGACAACUCCCGCAGGAGUAUGAGCAGAAUCAACUUCACUCCUCCAAAACCAAGUCCAAAAACAAGAAUGACAACAUCCUAUAUUGAAACUAGCCCAGCCAUGCCGAAAGAGAAUGUCAUGAGUGUUUCCUAUUCGGAACCUUCAUCGCUGAGACAAAACCAGUCGGAUCCCUCAUUACCGGAUAACAGAGCAGACAAGAACAAUAACAUUCUCACAGCCUUCUCAAGUAAUUGCAGAAGAUGUCAGGGACUGUCCAGCCUAGAGAGGAAUGUGAUGACAGAUUAUAACACCAACUACUCAGGCGGUCCUGAGGAAACCAAGGAAGUGAAUAUGAUGAAAGUUUGGUAAGGCCAGAGCAGACGAGAACAACAUUUGGACCAACCUUCAUGAGGCUGUCAGGGAUCGGCGAAGCAUGAGUCGUGUCGAAGGUGUGAGGUAUCAGCAAAUGCAGAGCGUUCAACAGCCUUCAGAGCCUAUCUCGUACAGGCGAGAAGUUCAUGCGGAACAAGAAAGCCCAAUCCGUUCCACGGUCAGACUCACGUUCGGAUAUCGUCGAGUUCGGACCGUGAACGAGAUGCUAACGCAGCCAACGUGGUAAACAAAUAUUUAACGGAGAUAAAAGAGAGUACACAUGUAAUUUCGUCUUUAGGUGAUGCCACGCAACCUGAGAAAGCUCGUCCUCUAUCUCAAGGUGAAAGGGAGGCUAUUCAAAUGAGGCAAACCGUCCGGUCAAAUGUUGAUCAUCAGAAUGUAACAAGGGAGACGACCCGCACGACGUACGAAGUCUCACAUUCCCGCGCACCUCUUUACGGGGACGUCCGCCUAUAGGGAGAACGAAGCAGCCUUUCAAGAGCGACAACCUCCUCCACUUGCUCCUCGGCAGUACUCAUCACUUCCAAGGAACAACCGCGGUGUUGCGAUGGGGGCUGUUGUGGUAGAAAUGGGAGCAAAUCACCCUGCCAGAAGCCAGCUGGAGAUGUCCCGCAGCAGGAGCAGCUAUGCAGGCUACCCUGUGGGUCAGGAAUUGCACACUCCAGGAGACGGGCGAACGUAUACAGGUCAUCCCGUGGGUAACGAGUUCCAGACCCCACGGGACCGUAGAAGUUAUGCAGGUUAUUCCCCUGGUUACUCUCCCAGCCAGCCAGGGGUUUCUCCUGGACAACAAGGUGUCUCCCCCAGCUAUGUUUUCUCAGGGCAUCACGGUCAGAAACACCUGAGUCUUCCUCGGAGCCGCAGCAGCUACGCCGGGACAUCCGCGCCUUCGUCACUUACUCCGGAGGAAAUGGCACGGCUCCAACAGGUGUUGAGAAGUCCAAGGUCGUGAGUCUGGAAUUCUCAAUGCAAAAGAAGUAAGAAGUACUGCCUUGCAGACUGCUUUACUUGGGAUAAAGACUGUGUGGAAUGAGAUAAAUACAUUAUCCGCUUGUCGCGUUAUCCACAAAACAAAUCAAGGUUUAGUCAUGGUGCAUAUGGUAGCAUUUCGUUUUGGUGUGUCUUGUGAAAUAAGUUGGUUUAUUGUUAUUUGAAUUACUUGCGUGGUCUGAGAACAUGAACUGAAAACGAAAAGAAAAAAGGGAUCUUCUCGAAAGCGGCCAAGGACUAAAUAACGAACGAGAGGCCGGGAAAUAUUUCGCUUUGUGUUGCCAGUGCAGUUUUCUGUGCACACAAUUCUUGUUCAUGGAUCGCUCUUAUAUUAGUCUUUUAAAAUCAUUUUUUUUCAGCCAUUGCUUUUAUGUCUUAAGUUUAAUUGUUAGUAGGCCUAUGCCAAAAGACAAAACAUAGACCUCGUCUGUCGCUUCAAUCGUAACCCCCAAAAAUCUAACAACAUUGUUUAACAAUUUGUAUUUGAACAACAUCACUGGGUUUGAAAAAUAUGAAUAAUGGAGAAAGUGAAAUGUUUCAACAACGUUUCAGCACGAAGAGGUGUUCUGUGGUGGGAUACAGGCUUAUAUGCAUGAACUGUAGAAUAACCUGGUUGUGUUGUUACAGUGAUAAAGGAUCUUGCCGUUUCGAUGGUUUGUGUUAUGCAGAUGCUUAUACUUGCCACACGGAUUGCACAUACAUACACGUGAGGUGGUAGGAUGGGGUAGCCUAUAUAGUAGAUUUCGGUAGCUUGAAAUCAGGUGUGGUACAAUUUCAUCAUACGUUUAGUUGCUGGCAGACAAAUUUAAUCAUGUCUCGGUGUAAAAUGCCCAAAAGAAUUAGAUUUAAUAGUUGAUAUACGAAAGAAGGUGCUUUGUUUUUUUUUUGUUUUGUUUUUGUGUUG